AUGGCUGACCACAGAGGCGCACGGUUCAAUGACGCCGAGGAUAUGUCCGAUGACGAAGCACUGCGCGUCGCUAUCGCUUUGUCACUUGGCCAAGAUCCUUUCGAACCGCAGACUGGCGGGAAGUCGAGCGCCACUAUCGACCUAACACAAGACGACGAGGACGAUAAUGGAAGUCGGAGUAAACCCGACCUUGAAUCAAAACCUGCCGCCAAGGACUCCAAAUCCUCUCAAACCAGCAAACAAGCCUCUACCGCCUCUGCCCAGGCAUCCAGUGUAUCAGCACUCUUCGGCCUGGACAGGAAGAAGAUGGAAGAGGAGCGUCUCGCCCGCCUGAAGAACAAGAGACCAGCAUUAUCAGCUUUGGAAUCCCCCAGUCCGACUACCGCCCGUCCCCAGCAACGUCCCAAGAUGUCAAGCAGCAGCUACAAAAAAACUACCGGUCCACAAACAAUUGCCGAUUUGCUACUACCUGAGUCUGAUGAAGACGAGACGGCAAGCUCCCAAGGAUCCAACAGCUCCCCCGUCACGGGACGCAUGGUCAAAGCCGGGAAGCAGCAGGCAAAGCCGUCAGAGGCAGUGCAAGGAAAAGCGGCAACAGCAGCCGCAGCAACCGUGGACCAGUCCUCCACUGCUGGCCGCAAAUUGAGCGGCAGUAGACCAAAAACAGAACUUCCGUUUCCCAAGGGUGCGGUCAAGAAAACGUGGGUCCGCGGUCAAGCGAGGAAGGGAGACGACAUCACCAUCGAAGAGGUUUUCCAGAAGGAUAAGCUGCAGUUGGCAGUGCUGAGCACGUUCAUCUUGGAUGAGGCGUGGUUGUUCGACAAGCUGGAUCUGACGAAGACUAAAUUGAUACUUUGUCGGGGUGCUCCUAACCAAGGGGAGCAAAUCAGUAAUUGGUUGGAUAGAUUCCCAACAGUGCGGAAGCAUCUUGUUCCCAUGAAUGGAUCGGGGUGCAUGCAUUCGAAGCUUCAGCUGCUCAAGUACGAAGACUAUCUUCGCAUUGUUGUGCCCAGCGCUAAUCUGGUGAGCUUCGACUGGGGUGAGACGGGUGAUAUGGAGAAUAUCUUGUUCAUCAUCGACCUUCCUGUACUUGAUGACCCGGACGUCACAAGAGAACUCACCCCCUUCGGCGAGGAGCUGUCGUAUUUUCUCAAAGCCAAGCAACUGGAUGAUGGUCUAAUUAGGAGCUUGAAGAAGUAUGACUGGACAGAAACGAGGCGUUAUGGUUUCGUUCACUCGAUCGCCGCUUCUCACGUUGAUGAUAAAGCUUGGAGGACAGGUUACUGCGGGCUUGGUCGUACUGUCAAGGCUUUAGGUCUUGGUACAACAAAGACGAUCGAGAUGGAUGUUGUGGCUGCAUCACUGGGAUCCAUCAAAGAUUCUCUACUCAAAGCGCUGUAUUACGCUUGUCGAGGCGACUCCGGAGUCGAAGAGCUCGAGAGUCGAACAGUAGGCAAACCAAAGAAGGGUCAACAAGAAGCGCCAGAUCUCGGGGCCGCCGAGGUCAGGAAACACACUCGGGUUUAUUUCCCAUCGAAGCACACGGUGCGGACUAGUAUCGCAAAGGACGCCGGAACUAUCUGCUUCCAAAAACAAUGGUUCGAAGCACCGACUUUCCCCCGAGAAGUGCUGCGUGACUGCGUGUCCACCAGACCAGGCAUGCUCAUGCACAAUAAGAUGAUCUUUGUCAGGAGGACGGAGGAGUCCAAAGACGAACCUGGCAAGAAGGUUGUGAGCGGUUUCGCAUACGUUGGCAGCGCCAAUCUGUCGGAGAGUGCUUGGGGCCGACUCAUCAAAGACCGUAGCACCAAAAAGUUCAAGAUCACCUGCCGGAACUGGGAGUGUGGCGUCCUCGUUCCUGAUGGGACUACUACAAUUGCCAGUUCAUCAUCACCGGCGGCUGCUGAGGAGCGGGAUGAGGGCAAUGGCAAUGGCAAGGGGAAAGAAGCCAUGCCUACCUCUACGGAAGAUGACCCGUCCUGGGGAGUCUUUGAGGGUCACGUACCGAUUCCGAUGCGAGUACCGGGGUCUCCGCUUCAACUGAAUGGAUCGAAGAGUCCUUUCUUCUUCGGUGGAUUUUGA